AAAUCCAUUAACACACCCAAACCAUGAAAACUUCUAGACCUUUGCCCUUCCCACUCCUCUCUCUCCUGGCCAUAGCAGCAGCAGCCACAUGCUGUUUGGCUGAGCAAUGCGGCCGUCAAGCUGGUGGCGCUUUAUGCCCUGGUGGCCUCUGCUGCAGCAAGUUCGGGUGGUGCGGUAACACCGGAGAUUACUGCGGUGAAGGUUGCCAAAGCCAGUGCGGCGGCACCCCAACUCCAGGCCCUGGCCCUGCCGGUGAUAUAACUAGCCUAAUAACUGAAUCCAUGUUCAACGACAUACUAAAACACCGCAACGAAGGUUCCUGCCCUGGCAAGGGAUUCUACACCUACAACGCUUUCAUUGGCGCCGCCCGAUCCUUUAAUGGGUUCGCCACUACUGGCGACACAAACACUAGGAAAAAGGAAAUCGCUGCUUUCUUGGCUCAAACUUCCCACGAAACCACAGGUGGGUGGGCGUCAGCGCCGGAUGGCCCAUAUGCUUGGGGGUACUGCUUCUUGAGGGAACAGGGCAAUCCUCCCGAUUACUGUUCGCCAAACGCACAGUGGCCUUGUGCACCAGGCAGGAAGUAUUUUGGUCGCGGUCCUAUCCAAAUCUCCUACAACUUUAACUAUGGACCGGCUGGAAGAGCAAUAAGUGUGGACUUGUUGAAUAACCCAGACCUGGUUGCAACCGACCCUACAAUCUCAUUCAAGACUGCAAUAUGGUUCUGGAUGACUCCUCAAUCCCCCAAGCCGUCUUGCCACGAUGUCAUCACAGGGAGAUGGUCCCCGAGCGGGGCGGACCAAGCGGCUGGACGCGUGCCUGGAUACGGUGUCAUUACCAACAUCAUAAACGGCGGGCUGGAAUGUGGGCACGGAUCAGAUUCGAGGGUUCAAGAUCGGAUCGGGUUCUAUAGGAGGUACUGCGGUAUACUUGGGGUUAACCCGGGAGAUAACUUGGACUGUGGAAACCAGAGGUCUUUUGGUAAUGGCUUAAACUUGGUGGAAACCAUGUAGUCUCCCCAUAACUUUAUUUUGGUUCUGAUAAAUAAAAUGUCUAAAUGUAUGAAUAAUGUAUGUACCUGUCACACACUAUCAACCAUGUGUUGAGAUGUUGUCAUGGUAUAUUUUGUUGUUCUUGUGUUAACCCAUUUAAAUAAAUGGAUGGAGUUAAAGCACCUUAUAAUAAUA